UUAUCGACUUAGAUGUUGCUCCAUUAUUCAACGCACGGCGGUGAUCCUCUGUGGUGAUAUUGACACACAGCCAUAAUUAUUAUCACCAACUGACUUGGUUCUGUAUUACCAUGGCUUCCAGACAUAACUGGGAAUGUAGCAACUGUCAAGGCAUCAACGGUGAACGUGACGUCAACUGCGACGUAUGUGGUCACAAACGCCAACACAUAAAGGGCGGUGGGCAUAACCAACCCAGGAAGUCAAGUGGUGGACUGGGAGAAAAUAGGGCGAAGUACGACUGGGAAAGCGUGGGUCGGAGAGAAAACCCGCAAUGCGGAAAUGGACCACGUGACGGAUAUGACGACCAGGCCGGGGCCAAGUGGAAGUGUAAAGAAUGUACGUACUUCAAUACCGCCAGCUCCCCAAAGUGUAAGAUGUGUCGGAGAGGGUCGCGUUCGAAUGAACCGGUGACAUGUCCCUCCGGACCAGCACGUGUUGACAGGAAUGGAUACUCGCAUCCAAAAAGGUCCUCUCCACCACCCGUCAGAAAUGACGUAACUUCAUCUUAUGACAAACCACGUGACCGGCCUUCAACACGUGGUACUGGCUACGACAGGAGCAGAGGACGACCACGGGACGGCAGACAAUCGCUGGCCGGUAGACACCAGUCUCCACGAUCAAGGAGAAGACAAAUCCAUAAACCGAUGUAUGAAGACUGUGUCGAUAGCAGAGAACGACGACUGGUUCUACUGGGCAAGACCGGAUGUGGAAAAAGUGCGACAGGGAACAGUAUUUUGAGCGGCGAUUUUUUUCGGUCAAUGGUUUCCGGAGCUUCCGUUACACAAUCUUGUCGGCGAGGCGUGGUCCAGAGAAACGGUAAAGAGAUCCACGUCGUUGACACCCCAGGCGUGUUCGAUACAGAGGUCGACAACGACAAUACCACUAAGGAGAUCGUCAAGUGUGUAGGAAUUACGGCUCCCGGACCACAUGCCUUCCUGCUCAUCGUCCGCAUCGGGCGCUUCACGGCCGAGGAGCGGGACUCGGUAGAACUUUUCAUUGAACAUUUUGGCAGAUCGGUGGAGAAAUACAUGAUAGUCUUGUUUACUGGCAUGGACGACCUUAACGACGAGCGCAUGACACUCGACGACCAUCUGAGGAGGAUCCCAUCAUCGCUGGUCAGCAUCCUCGAGCGGUGUGGUGGGCGGUGUGUCGGGUUCAACAACAAAGGAACGGCACGAGAGAUUUCGCGCCAGGUCGACGAACUGAUGGAGAUGGUUGAAGAUUUAUUUAAGCACAACAAUGGUCGGUACUACACAAACACCAUGUACAUGGAGGCAGAGAAUGUUAUAAGGACGAGAGAAGCGGAAAUAAGAAGUAUGGCAGAGGUAAACAGACGUCGUGAACGUGAAGAACUUGAAGACGAUAAUGAGAGGCACUACGGGCAUGAGCUGAAGAAACAGGAGGAACAGCAGUAUGAAUUGAGAAGGGCACUGCAAGAAACGGAAUCCAGAACAGGUCAAGAAGACAGUAAAAGGCGGAUACGGACAGAGGAAAUCGAUGCAGACAUCAAAUCGAUCCAUAAGAAGAUAGAUCAGGAACGACAAGCCGGUGGCAAGGUAAGCAGACAUUUGCAAAACAGAUUAUCAGACUUGAAGAGGGAGCGCAACAGAAUCGAAGGGAUGGAGGGAAAUGCCAGAAAGAUGCAAGCUGAGGUGAAAUCGCUGCGAGAAAAGUUAAAAAACGUGGAGCAGAAGGUGUCGAAAACAAGACGAGAACAGAACGACGACAAGGAAAGACGACUGAAGGAACUCGAGAAAAAGCACGUUGCAUCAGAGAAUAAUACAAGGGAGGUGGUACGGAAGGAGGUGGAAAAAGGGGAAACAAACAUCGGGAGCCAGCUCCUCAACACGGUCAUCGGUCUAGGCAAGAUGGUGUGGAAAGGCCUUACAAAGCUCUUCUAGAUAUGCAUCAAAAAACAUUUCUAGAUAAACCACGACAAAAAUUUCAAGACAGACUUCAGAAAUGCAAUUUUUGUUCAGAUCGCAAUUAAUGUUUCUAGACAACCAAACUUAACAGUCCUAGACAGAUCUCACUAUACACUUCCUUUUAGAAGUGGCCUCGACAGAUCUCCCUACAACCCUUCUAGAUAUACAACUUGGAAAUGCCCGACAGCCUUACAAGAUAGUACUGAACAUCGAAAUUCAACAAAAAAUGUUCUUGCUGUGGAUGACGGAUGUGCCAGGGCCAAAAUAAUGAAAACUAGAGUCCGAAACUACCGAUGUUAAUCAUUCUAAAAUUGGCUAAAUUGUUCAUGCUGUCAAUACAUACACAUAGAUUACAGUUUUGAUGUGGAGCUUAGGGAUUAAAAAACAACAGAAUCAGCAACGAAGUCCUCAUUCGUCUACUGUGAUCAUUAAUUCCGGAAUGAAUAAGUAUUGGUGUGGUUGCUGAAAUAACAUGUUAGUUGUUGGGUUUUUCUUUACAAAGAUAUAUUUUUAAGAGGUCACUUUUCAAGGACAAAGAAAGUUGGAGAAAAACACAUAUCGUUCAUAGUCUUGGAGCCUAUUUUGAUACUUUGAAUGCGGAAUAAAUGAUCGUACAAAUAACUCUCUGGAUUAAGUCUUGGUGUGGUGUGGUAUCUAUAAAAUAACCUGUUAGUUUUUUUUAACAAAUAUACAUUUUUCAGAGGUCAUUUUUCAUGGACAUAGAAAGUUCGCGAAGAGUACAUCGUGCAUUUGCUGAACUUUGAUAGCCAACCACUUAAACGAAACGUGCAGGCUGGUCAUUCGAUGAAGGUUUUUUACUAAUGUUACUGUUAAGAUGAUUUUGAAACAGGACAUAUUAUUAGUUUCGUGUGGUAGAAUUUACAAGUGUAAAAGGAUAUUGAGAUAAGUAUUUCGUGAUCGUCAGUUACGGCAUGUGUACUUCCUUCACCAACGAACCCGUUAACUUUGUCCCUGGAUAUGGUAUCCUUGUAAAUGUUUAUAAAACGUAUUGAUGAUCGUUUGCUUUGCAAUGGUUAGCAUGCACUGAUGAAAGAUUGUUUUGUUUAAGUUGCCAUGUCCUGAUAAAUGCUGUACGAGUUGACGUACAUUCAGGGAACUAUAAAUGUCAUGAUAUCCUUGGCUUUGGUGUAUAAUGAACGACAACUCUAGGUAAAAAAAAGUUGUUCUAAUUCAGAAUAACUAUAUACUAAUUCAAAAUAUAUCAUAAAAAACUGUGCUAAAUGAAAAUAUUUCUUAAGAUAUCUGACAUUCUGCUACCACUAGCCCUCCGCCAAUGGGCCGCGGGUUCGAGACUUACGUAGGGCAGUCGUGCGAAUCGCCAGGUACUGGCCGUAGGUCGGUGGUUUUUCUCCGGGAACUCCGGUUUUCCUCCACCACCAAAACCUGGCACUUCCUUAAAUGACCAUAGCUGGUAGUAGGACGUAAAAUACAAACAAACAAACAAUCUUUUAUAAAGUAGUGUACAUGGUACACGUGUUAUAUAACACAGGGACAUGAGAAUUUGUUACAGCAGCUGUAUAUGUUUGGACCAGAAAAUUGAUGUGUUCAGAGAUAAUAUUAUAUUAUACGUUUGAAGGGUUAAACACGUAACUUUUUGUCCAAUCAUAGCUGGCGUAACAAAUCUGCAGGUCCCUUAUAUUUUGUUCACAUUUAAGCAAUGCAAUUUCGAUAAACAUAAAAAUCCCAUUUGGGCAGACAGUAAGUGAGCUAGCAUUUAGUUUCUUUGUAUGGUACAGUGUAUAGGAAAUAUAUAUUUUCAAAUUUAGGGGUUCUCAGCGUUCACCUUGCUCCAAUCUGUACUGUAUAUUCAUUUUAUAUUUCCGUUAAUUAGCCAUGUGAGUAACAAUUAGACAGAGGUUGUAUUUUUCACAAUUCUGGCACUUGUCUUUUGUUUUUAAAGCACUUGUGGGUGUUUAUGAAACGUCCAAAACAUCUUCGAAUCUAUGAUGGUUUUAUAUCUAGUGGAUUUGAUGGAAGGUAGUUUGAACUGAGAAAAGCAGACUUGCGAAGAUGAAUUAUAUGUAUACCUUGUACGGUCCAUUUCAUUAUGAAUAUGUUUUGGUUUUGUUUUCAAUUAAAUACUUUUAAUGUUAAGGCGAAGAAACGCAAUAAAGUUUAUAAUGAAAUGGUUAUUGUGUGACAGUGUUUG